GGUGGAGAAAGAGAGAGAAAGAGAGAGUUUAGGUAACUCCCACCUGUGUGUGUGGUCGGUGUGUGGCAGGAGAGCAAGCACGUGGUCCGGCCGUGGUUAAUCCGCGGCGCGGCAGGAUCUAAGCAUCGGUGUUUCUUCCACUUCCACCACGGUCCGGGGUCCACCACCACCGCCCACCCGCGCUCAGUGUUCGUUGGCCGUCUCCGGGUGAAGAAUGCGCGUGAGUUCGCAAAGUCGGUCGCCGUUACCACCACCACAACCACCACCACAACUCUGUGGAACAGUAGUGGCACGGUAAACGAUCGCGAAGGUUGCCGGCACACGCGUUGUGGGGUCCUUCCUCGUGCACAUUGUGUGUGGGUCGAGGUGGAAACACACACACCCCGCCGAUCCGCGCCUUUUUUCUAAUUUCGUCGGUAAGCACGUGGCGUGUGGUGGGUGUAGCGCGUUCGAGGAACUCGGCUGCGGCACACGCGAGAAGAGGCGCGCACACGGACCUCGUCGUCGUCGAAGAGACAACCCUCGAAGCACGAGGGCAUUGGCCGAGAAGAGGGAAGGCGAGAGGCCUUCUGCGCUCAUCGAGGAUGCCGCCGCUUCCUCGUCGUCGGCGACGACGUGGAUGUACGCGCUUCUCGAGGGUGGAUUACUGGCGGACACCGGUGGUGUCAUGGGGGACGAUGUCGCGGUGGUGGUCGGCGAUGGCACCCGCGUGAACACCACCCCCCCGCCCCUCCCCCAGGCCCAAGAGAGCCAGGAUCCACGCCGUCGUUAUCCGCGCGAACAGCCGGAGAUAGAAAGGUAUCGGGAGCAGAGGGAGGAGUUGGAGGAUCUGUUGUGCUUCCAAAGGGGGCCCGAGCAGGAGAUGGUCGCCCAGGAUAUGGCGCAGAGCUACGCUCACCUCCUCCACCAGCCCCCCGGCAGGGAACACCAGCAGGAAGAGUUCAUCUCGUUGGACGAGCUGCAGUCGAGGAUCCAUCAGGACAAUCGAGGUGGUGGCCAGGUUUCCGCCAUCUUGUCGGCGGCCGACCCCUACCAGCAACAGCAACAGGGGAGUUACUAUAGUCUUUCGGCUGUUCAAGAAAGUUCGUGUUCCACGGUUUACUUCGGCGACAUAGGUACGGGAUCGGGGGUGGGAGAAGUAACCGCCGCCUCGGCGGGGGGUGGCGAAGGUCUCAGCCUGACUCCAACCCCCGCCACCAGCAACACCGACGACACCACCACGACCACCGCCACCCCCAGCACCACCACCAUUACCAUCGCCGCCACCACCACCGCCGCCGCCACCACCACCACCACCGCCAACCACACCACCCCGCGGAUCGUGACGGGGGCUGAACCGCCCCAGCACAUGGAGACACCCUCGACGAUGGUCCCCGACCAGGCACCCGCCUCCGGCCAUCACUACCACCGCGGUCACCACCACCACCACCACCACCACCACAACCAUCAUCAUCAUCAUCAUCGAAGCGCCUCCACCACCCCCACCCACGGACCGCCCAACACAGACACCUCGGACGAGUUCGUCAACGUUUCCAGGAAGCGGAAACUGUCCUGCCACGACGGUAGUGAUUUAUUGGACGACGCGGGAGACGAUGCCAAAUCAGUUCGCACAAACGACGACAGCAAAAAGCAAAAUCACAGCGAGAUCGAGAAAAGGAGGAGGGACAAAAUGAACACGUACAUAACCGAGCUUUCGGCAAUGGUGCCCAUGUGCCACGCCAUGUCCCGCAAACUCGACAAGCUGACCGUGCUCAGGAUGGCCGUCCAACACUUGAAGACCAUUCUGGGCGCCGUCACCUCGUACACGGAGGGCCACUACAAGCCGGCGUUCCUCAGCGAUCAGGAGCUCAAGACGCUCAUACUUCAAGCUGCGGAGGGUUUUGUCUUCGUGGUGGGCUGUGAUCGUGGAAGAAUCCUUUACGUAUCCGAGUCUGUUUUACAGACACUCAACUAUUCUCAGGGUGACCUGUUGGGUCAAAGUUGGUUCGAUAUCCUGCAUCCAAAAGAUGUAGCCAAGGUAAAGGAACAGUUGUCCUCUUCGGAUCUUAGUCCACGUGAACGGUUAAUAGAUGCCAAAACAAUGUUGCCUGUAAAAACGGACGUGCCCCAAGGUGUAUCGAGGUUGUGCCCUGGCGCGCGGAGAUCUUUCUUCUGCAGAAUGAAGCGGAAGGUCGAAGGGAUACGUUGCGGCGAAUUGCAAGUGAAGGAGGAAUCCGAGUCGGCGAGCGGAUGUCAUCGACGAAAGAAGCAACAAAACGUUGACUGGAAGUACUGUGUGAUUCAAUGUACUGGGUAUUUGAAGUCGUGGGCGCCCGCAAAAAUCGACCUCGAAGAACACGAGGGUGACGGAGACGGGGAGGCUUGCAAUUUAUCGUGUUUGGUAGCAGUUGGUCGGUUACAGUCCACAAUUCCGACAUCUUUGCCUAAGAAGCCUCGUUUGAGAUCCAUCAAGUUCGUUUCGAGACAUGCGAUGGACGGUAAAUUCCUCUUCGUCGACCAAAGGGCUACGUUAGUGUUAGGUUUCCUGCCACAAGAGCUACUUGGAACGAGCAUGUACGAAUAUUACCACCACGAUGACAUCCCUCAUUUGGCGGAAUCUCAUAAAGCUGCUCUUCAAGCAUCCGAGAGUGUCAGCACACAGAUAUACAGGUUUAGGACUAAAGGUGCAAGCUUUGUCAAGCUUCAAUCCGAGUGGAAAUCUUUCAGAAAUCCAUGGACCAAAGAUAUCGAGUACCUAAUAGCUAAGAACUCUGUCACUUCCAAUGACUCCCGAUCGAUCACAAGUAGUGGGAACAGAUCUGAGGAUUCCAGUGUUCAAGGCAAUUACGACUACUUUGCACAAAGUAAUGGCGGAUUAGAAAGAUUGAUCUCGAGUCACGUAGAGGUAAGUAAAAUUGGACGACAAAUAGCUGAGGAAGUUCUGGAUCUUCAAAGACGCGGUGAGGAUUCUUCUUCCGGUAGCAGUCCUGGACCGGAAUCUGCUUUAUUAAAUACAGAGUCACAAAUCACUACAACUGCAUCGCCGGAGAGGGUGCAGGAUGUGGCACAGUCAACCAGAGGCAGCAACAACAGCAGCAGUAAUCCUACACCAACGUACAACCACAUUGCAAACAACUUGCAGCUGAACAGCAUCGCGAACGACCAAGGUCAUAGCUAUUACUGUCUCUAAGGAGUCGUUUUCUUGCAUAACGUUAUAGUUCUAAUAAUAACGUUCACAGCAACACCGCGCGGACAUUUUUGAAUUGAUCGUUGCGUAUAACAUAACAUCCACCCCCUUUUAGGAGCGUCACCAGACGAAGGACACGAAACUACUUUUUUAACUAAGGAUGUGAUGGAUAUGAUUGGUGGUACCACGAUUAACGAAUCGCCAAACCCAGUGCCAUCUGAUGGUAACGACGAGGCAGCAAUGGCAGUGAUAAUGAGCCUUCUAGAGGCAGAUGCAGGUUUAGGUGGUCCUGUGGACUUUUCUGGCUUACCUUGGCCGCUUCCAUAGUACAUUUUAAUCCCUCUAUUCGUGUGAACUGAAAUUUCAAGUGUCGAAAAUAACUUAUGCCUAUAUGGAAGUUAGAAGUGUGUGUGUACAUAAUAGUAUCAAGUGUGUGGACCAAGUUGACGUUCUUUCGAUUUUUCUUGUUUUUGUUCUCAUUGUGCUUGAGUACUUGAUCAAUCUUCAAUUGUGUCUAUAUUCCAAUUUAAUGGAAAGUAGUGCACGAACGUCACCAUGAAUCGUUUUUCAUUUGUUUCGAAGCAGUUGAAAUAUUCUUGGUGCUGAGAUGGUGCUGCUUUAAGGAAUACAUAAAUCGUUGAACAUUUUAGUUUUAUAGACAUAUCAUUUCUGUGAUCAAAAAUGAAAUAUCAAACGUACAGAAUGAUUAAUAUAUACAUACGUAAAUUGAAAUGAACAUCUAUGUUCAUUUUUAUAGAAAAUAUAUAAAUUGAGACUGAUCCAAAAUUAUUUUUUGGUAGCAGUCGAUGAGAGAUGAAGCAUCAUAAAUAAUAAUGAUAAUUCAGAAUAAUUCGUAAAUAGAAUUAUAAUUCCCUCUGAAAAUGAAAUCAAUAUUUUUUUAAUAUCAGUCAAUAUCGGAUCGUUAAAUGAUUUCCUUUCAUAAUUUGUAAUUAAACGUAUGCUGUUUUACGUUUUUGUACAAAAUUAAAUACGAUUUAAAUAUUGUAAUAAAUUAAUUUUUAUCAUAA